AUGGCCGGAGGCAAGGGCAAGUCAUCUGGGGGCAAGAGCUCCGGCGGCAAGACAAGCGCUGCUGAGGGUCCCAAGAAGCAGAUGAGCCAUUCCGGACGCGCUGGUCUUCAGUUUCCUUGCGGUCGUGUGAAGCGAUUCCUCAAGAACAGGACACAGAGCAAGAUGCGCGUCGGCGCCAAGGCUGCCGUCUACGUUACCGCCGUUCUCGAAUACCUUACCGCCGAAGUUCUGGAGCUGGCUGGCAACGCCGCCAAGGAUCUCAAGGUCAAGCGUAUCACACCCCGCCACCUCCAACUGGCCAUCCGUGGCGACGAGGAACUCGACACCCUCAUCCGUGCCACAAUCGCUUUCGGUGGUGUUCUGCCACACAUCAACCGCGCCCUGCUCCUCAAGGUUGAGCAGAAGAAGAAGGCCAAGGCCCUGGAGGGUUGA